ACAGGAGGCGGGGCUUUGUGCCUGGAAGUCAGUGCUCAGGGCGAAGGUUCUGCCCGCUAUGGGUUUAGCAGCGUGUUUAUUUGUGACAGCUCGUCAGAAAGUGGUGAAAACAGCUUUGUCCGUCUCCGUGGCCGUGGUUAAAUCCUCUUUACUGCCGAAGUUACCCACAGUAACUUCCUGCGGAUCUUUGUUCCGCCACCUGCUGCCCGCAAGAAACUGUUAACUCAACCAGAGGAUGGCAGUCCGGCUGCAGCGCCUCCUGGUGGCGGCGGCCUGCCUGUUUGUGUGCUGCCUGGUCGGGGUGCGGUGCGGCCCGGACCCCAGGCUGCGGAAGGAGCUCAUGGAGCUGGAGGCGUCCAUGCAGAUGGGCGGCGGGAUGGUGCUGACGGACGCUGAGCAGCGGCUGGACGCUCUGCUGGCCAAACUGAAGCAGGAUGAGAUGUCCAGGAAAGACUUCCCUCCCUCCAUGCACUUCUUCAAGGCCCGGCGCCUCAUCCAGGCCAGUCCCCUCUUCAGCCUGCUGCAGAAGAUGCCAAAAGGCGGCGUCCUUCACGUCCAUGACUUCGCCAUGGUGGACCCGGAGUGGCUGGUGAAGAACGCCACGUAUCGGCCGCACUGCUACAUGUGCUUCACCGACGGCGGGUCCGUCCGGUUCGUCUUCGCGUCGCAGGGGCCCAAACCUGUGGAGCGCUGCUCCCCCUGGGUGCUGCUGGAGAGCCUGCGCUCCAAGAUGGGCAACGCAACCGACCUGGACAACAGCAUCAGAGGUAACUUGACACUGUUUACGGACCGGGAUCCGGAGACGGAGUACCCCAGCCAGGAUGUGGUCUGGAACCGCUUCGAGGCGGCCUUCGGGGCCUUGUGGGGGCUGGUGACCUUUGCCCCCGUCUUCAGGGAUUACUACAUCGAGGCUUUGAACCAAUUCUACGCAGACAAUGUCAUGUACCUGGAGCUGCGCGCACUCCUCCCUCAGCUGUACGAGCUGGACGGCCGCAGCCACGAUUCGGCCUGGACCCUGCAGGCCUACCAGAACCUCACCAGGCAGUUCGUCUCCACUCACCCGGAUUUCUACGGAGCCAGAAUCAUCUUCACCAAUCACAGGCACGCUAAGCUGUCGGUGGUGGCUGCAGCUGUGAAGGAGGCGAUGCAGCUGAAGAAGGACUUUCCUGACUUCCUGGCCGGUUUUGACCUGGUGGGCCGGGAGGACCAGGGCAAGACGCUGUGGUACUUCAGGGAUGCCCUGGCGCUGCCUGCAGAGAAAGGCGUCACGAUGCCGUACUUCUUCCACGCCGGAGAGACGGACGUUGAGGGAACUGAAGUGGAUCAGAACCUGCUGGACGCUCUGCUGCUCAACACGUCGCGGAUCGGCCACGGGUUUGCGCUGCAGCGCCACCCGGUGGCCAAACAGCUGUCCAGGAAGAGGGGCGUGGCUGUGGAGGUGUGCCCCAUCUCCAACCAGGUGCUGAAGCUGGUUAAGGAUCUGCGGAAUCACCCCGCCGCCGCUCUGAUGAUGGAGAAUCACCCGCUGGUCAUCAGCUCCGACGACCCGGCCAUGUUCGGCUCCUGCGCGCUCUCCUUCGACUUCUACGAGGCGUUCGUGGGGUUCGGCGGUUUGAACUCCCACAUCGGCUCCCUGAAGCAGCUGGCCAUGAACUCCAUCAGGUUCAGCUCUUUGACUCCGAAGCAGCAGGAAGAGGCGCUGGUUCUGUGGCAGAGAAGAUGGACCGAGUUCGUGGCUAAAAACUCCAUCUGAAGACCAACUAGAACGUUUUUCUGUCACAUUGAAUGUUUCCAGCUGUUCCACUGAAACAGAAGAUCCUCAACACGUUUUACAGAAAUAAACCCAAACAGCUGGGAAACAUUGAUUAUUUUCAAUAGCAAAAACUAUUGAUUAUCUGAUCCCUGGACCGGCACUAGCGCUGCAGCUAAUGAUUAUUUUAAUGAUCGAUUACACAAUUAUUCCGAUGAUUAACUAGGUCUGUCACAAAAAACUAAUUGUCCAGUUAAUUAAUAGAAAUAAACGGUAAUAAUAUCAUUUACUACUAUAGUAAUAAUAGCAUGUUAAUGCAAAUACAUCCUUUCAAAUGUAAGAAAAACUGAAGUUACUAAAGAACAUUUAACACUGGAACUUUUAAAUAAUUAAACUGGAUUAUGAAUGUCUGUAGCCAAAACUGGGUUUGAAAAAUUAAUCAUUUAACCAUUUAGUGUCGCAUCGGCUUCUCCUUUAAAAAUAGUUUUUAAAUCUCAGCAGGUUUUUAUAUUGGUAAAGUAAAAGUUUAAAAACUAAAUAAAAAUUUUAAUGACAUUGACAGGGAAAACAGGCAAAAGUGGCAGGAAACAGUUUAGUUAAAAAUUAAAAAAGCAGAAUAAAACGGUGGAUUUGGUGUCAAAUGCAGUAAAUCUUUAAUGAUUCUUGUCCCAGCAGGAGAAGCUCGUUUUGAUUUAUCUUGCUGUUUAAUCUGACAGUUAAUCUGGUUAAUCUGACAGGCCAGCCACCGCUGGGAUUUUUCCUUUAACCACUUUGGUAUCAAGGUAUUUGUGAAGGAUUAUUGUUGUGCUAAAAGCAGUUGGAGCAUCAGAGACGUUAUUCUAGCUUUUCUAAAGACGCUCCAUGAGUGAUCAGAGAAAUAAGAAUAAAGAAUAAAACUUUUCUCCAGUCUGAUGUUUGAAGAACAAAUUAAAAACUUUAAGUAUCUUUGCUGUUGAGAUUCCAUCUGUAAUUUAGCAGCAAAAAAGUUUUUUUUUGUGAUUUUGUCAAUGGUUUGAUUAUUUAAUUCCAAAGCAGUAAAGUUGAUCUAAACAUUC